GGCGCCUGAACUUGGUGGAUCUGGCCGGCAGCGAACGCCUCUCUGAAUCUCAGUCAGAAGGGGCCCGCCUGCGCGAGGCACAGAACAUCAAUCGCUCGCUUGCCAACCUCGGCAAUGUCAUCCUUGCCCUCUCAAACCGGGAUGACCACGUGCCGUACCGGAACUCAAAGCUCACGCACUUGCUGAUGGACAGCCUGGGUGGGAACAGCAAGACGCUGAUGCUCCUCAACAUCUCUCCCCGCGAGGAGAACAUCAGUGAAACAGUCAACUCUCUCCGCUUUGCCACCCAGGUGAACCAGUGCCAUAUUGGGACUGCAAGAAAGAACUUCUGAACAAGGUGCCCUCUGCUGCACAGGAUCAUGCUUGUGCAUGGUCCAUGGACCUUUUAUUUUAUUUUAUUCUUUAGUUUAGGACAAAGUAUAUAGCGGCUAUUUUACUCUCAUAGCAGAGAAGGGACUAGACAUCUCACUAUGUGAGCUUGGUCGCUUUUUUUAGCAUGCGUACAACAGUUGUGCCAAUAUGACACAAUUCCUUAUUUUCGCGUCAAAACUGUGAAAGUUGUUGAAAUGACGCCACCACAUUGUGCAACAAUGACUAUCUUCAGUGUUUUCUGUCGUGCUAGUUUUAGCUAGAAGUGGAGGCCACCUUAGCCACCUGCUGUUUCGGCAUUAUUUUAUGUAAUCCAUCCUGACGUGACUGCUAAAUAAAUAAAUAAAAAUGUGGCACAAAGAGAAUAAAGGUUAAUUUUGUGUUC